AUGACUUGGUCUCAGCUAGAGCUAGAGAAAGCACAUAUUGCUUAUGCUUGCAUUGGUAUAUUUUCUACCAUUUUUUCAUUAGUGUCUUUAUUUGUUAAAGAGAGGUUAUAUAUCGGAGAAGCAACGGUUGCUACCAUCGCAGGUUUGAUUUUGGGGCCGCAUUGUCUAGGGUGGUUUGAACCGGUAACUUGGGGAAACAGUGACUAUAUAACGCUAGAAAUAUGCCGAAUAGUGUUGUGCAUUCAAAUUGUUGCGGUGGCAGUAGAAUUACCACGAAAAUAUAUGAAGAAGCAUUGGUUAUCGGUUGCAAUAUUUUUAUUGCCUGUGAUGACCUGUGGAUGGCUUGUCGUUGGGUUGUUUAUUUGGGUAUUAAUACCGCAUUUUAACUUCAGUUCGGCAUUAUUGGUUAGUGCAUGUGUGACUGCUACUGAUCCAGUGUUGGCAGCAGCUGUUGUUGGUAAGGGGAAAUUUGCCGAGAGGGUUCCUGGUCAUUUGAGAAAUGUUUUAUCGGCAGAAUCAGGUUGUAAUGAUGGUAUGGCAUUUCCAUUCAUUUUCUUAUCAUUGAACAUCAUCCUUCAUCCUGGUAAUGCUGGUGAAAUUGUCAAAGAUUGGUUUUUGCUCACCAUUUUAUGGGAAUGCUUCUUCGGGGUUGCAUUAGGUGUGAUAUUAGGUCUUCUCAUGAGAUAUGCUGUAGCCUUCGCAGAAAAGAAAGGCUUAAUUGAUAGAGAGUCAUUUUUGGCUGUCUUUGUCUUCUUGGCAUUCAAUUCGGCUGGUAUUGGUUCGAUGUUAGGUGUUGAUGAUUUAUUGGUUUCAUUUGCUGCCGGUACUGCGUUCGGCUGGAACGGUGAUUUUGCAAAGAAAACCGAGGAGUCGCAUGUUUCAACUGUUAUUGAUUUGAUAUUGAAUUUAUCGUUCUUCGUUUAUUUUGGUGCUAUUGUACCUUGGCCUGAAUUCAAUAAUGCUGCAAUUGGUUUGAAUGUUUGGAGAUUAAUUAUUUUGGCAUUAGUGAUCAUUUUCUUGAGACGUAUGCCAGCAGUUCUUAUAUUGAAGCCUUUCACUCCUGAUAUCAAAAGUUGGAGAGAAGCAUUAUUCUGUGGACAUUUUGGACCAAUUGGUGUAGGUGCUAUUUUUGCUGCAAUCUUAGCUCGUAAGGAUUUGGAGGCACAUUUCACAAGCGAAGAAACACCUUUGGCACUUUUACCGGAGAAUAAUUUUCCACAUUACCAAUUACUCGCAUGUAUUUGGCCAAUUGUUUGCUUCAUUGUCAUUACUUCAAUUAUAGUUCAUGGAUCAUCGGUGGCUGUUUUAACCUUAGGAAAGCGUCUUAAUAGAAUGGCUAUCACUAUGUCUUUUACUACUACUAAUACGCAAGAUCAAGGUCCAUCAUGGAUGUCACGUUUACAAAAAUUGGAUAAAGCAUCAACUUCAUUUUCUUUGCAUAGAAUUGAUACCCAAGCACCAUCUACUGAAAAAGGUCAUAAAUUACAACAGUCUAACACUGUGGAAACUAGUGGUAUUAAAGUCAGGCCAGCGGGUGGAGCAAAAAGGAGAAAGCAUAAGAAGAAGAGAGACCCAAGAUCAAGACUUAAGAAAUCGUUAUCAAGGGCUUCUGCGGAUAGCGAGGCUGAUGAGAUAGUACCUUCUCAAAGACAUAAACCCCAAGCCGAAUUUUUGCAAUUAGGCAGAACCCCCUCAACAGCGAUCAGAACACCAUCGGAUGAAGAGUCAGAACCUGAAUCAGCAGUUGGUAUUGAUAAUUCAAAGGAAGAUUUUGAUGAUAGCCCAGGCUCGUCGAAUUCUAUAGAAGUUGUCGCGAAUGAAGAUCAAGGUAGGAUGGUUUUUGCUGUUCCUCCUUAUGAUUCACAUGGGAGGGUUGAACAAGACGAAGACCAAGAUAAUGGUAAGGUUUCCUUUGCAAGAAACGCAAUGGAGGGCCGUAAAAGUGUUCCAUCAACUGCAUUCCAAGAAGGUGAAAAGAUUAUUAUUGAAGAUCAAGCGGGUGAGAUUAUUGAAACUUUGCCUCUUAAAUCUUUACAAGGUCAGCCUGAAAAUGAAGAUGAUUUAAGUAUCCAUUCAAUGAAUUCUCUAAGCCGUCAAUUAUCAAAAUAUUCUACAGCACAAAGUGACAGGACUUCUACAGAAACGUCGUUAAAUACAAAAGAAAAGCCAAACUCGCCUCUAGGUAAAUUGGCAAGAUCAUCAUCCCUCAGUCUCGGGCGUAAAGGCAAGAGAAAGGGUUAUUAUAAGAAAAAUGAUCCUAAGCACCGUAAAGUAUUUGCUCAUCAAGUUGAUAAUUUUAUAGUUAUUGAGAAUGCUGACGGUGAUAUUAUCAGAAGAUAUAAGGUGAAUCGUCAUACCGCUAAUAGGGCUAGAUCUAAUACUGGUAAUUCGAUGGUUGGCAAAGCAUUAAAUUUCGUCGGAUUAAAGAAAAAUAAUCCAAAGAAUAAUGUAGAUGCAAACGAUUUAGAGAAGAAUGAUAUAGAAAAUAUUUUAAUCCCUGAACAUGAUGAUACAAAUAAUCCAAACCAUCCAUUAAAAAAUCCAAAGUUUGAAAAUGCAAUUGAAUCUAAAUUAACCAAAAUUUUGUUAGACGACAGAAGUAAGAGCUCAAAUUUUUUGAGUGUUGGUAAUAAAUCUGAAACUAUACAAGAGGACUCUGAAAGGGGUGUUUCUGAUGAUGACUAUGAUACAUCUAGUGGAUCUGAAGAGACUGAUGAGGAUGAAGAUCAAGUUUUGGAGGAAACUGACAUUGAAAAGAAAAGAAGGUUGGCGGCCUUGGGUCAAAUGCCAACUCAUAGACGGAAAGAAGAUGAGGAAGACUAA